ACUAAUGGCAUAGGCAUGACAAGAAAAGGUUUAUUAAGGACUUCCCAGGAGGAUCCCUACGUCUGUGCAGCCUCUGAGACGAGCUCCGUCUUGGAUGAAAUUUAUCCAGAUUAAAUUCAGUCAGAAGGCUCUUUUCUGACUGGGAAUAAUUUCUUCCGGUUAAAGAAGAAACGUGAGAUUUCCCACAUAGCUUUGUUUUGAUUGUUGGAGUCUGGAAUUCGUCAGAAUUGUCUGUCUUCCAGCAGCUCAGACAGAGCGAGGAUUUUUAUGCUAGCUCAGCUGGAUAAGUGACCCGUUUUUUUUUAUAUGGACUAACAGGCAAACAUCCUCCUGUCUACAUUCAUCAUUUUCUUAUCUAUUCAGCUAAAGAGAUUUGUCAAAGUAACAGCAAUUGAGAUAACCUAGGUGAGGCUUUGAUAUCAACAAGAGCAACAAUGGACGUGAAGGGACUGGCAACCAUUCAAACAAAUCUUCUUUUAUGAAACAUGCAAAAGAAAUCUCUGUGGCAAUAGAUAGUCCUGGUAUCAUCUAAGGAAGCAUCAUCCAAAAAUCCUGCUCCCAUCUAAACACAGCAAGAGGACACUGGAUGAGGCAGAAUUAAAUGGAAAGUGGGAAGGGCAAGGGAAUCUGACUUCCGUGUAUUGAGGCCAGAGCUCAAAAGGCAAUAGGAGACAAGGUACGGUGUAAUUAGGAUGGCUCAGUGUUUGUUUUUAAGAAAAGCUUAAAGCAGGUGCGGGGAACCUAUGGCCAUCUAGAUAUUGUUGGACUCCAACUUCCAUCAGCCACUAACAGCAUGGCCAAUGGUCAGAGAGAGAGAGAGAAGAUGUGGUGGUUUGUUGCAAUCAUUUGCCUAAUACAAGCAACUGGAAGCUCAGAAGGAUUAGUUAAGAGAAGAAACGCAGAUCCUGAAAUUCAUAUGAAUGUUAGCCAGGUGAUUUACUACAGAGGCUAUCCCAGUGAAGAGUAUGAAGUCUUAACAGAUGAUGGUUAUUAUUUAACAGUAAACAGAAUACCCUUUGGAAGAAAAAAUCUGACCGUCAGAGGUCCAAAGCCUGUUGUGUUUUUGCAACAUGGAAUAUUAGCAGAAGCUAGCUUUUGGGUUGAAAACAUGGUAAACAACAGUCUUGGUUUCAUCUUAGCGGAUGCUGGCUAUGAUGUUUGGCUUGGAAACAACCGAGGAACAAGCUGGUCUCUGAGACAUAAGAAUUUGUCAGCUGACCAAGAUGAAUUUUGGAAUUUCAGUUUCCAUGAAAUGGCCAUGUACGAUCUCCCAGCAAUGAUCAACUUUGCUUUGAAGAAAACUGGACAGAAGCAAUUGUAUUAUGUAGGAUAUUCUCAAGGCACUACUCUUGGCUUCAUAGCAUUUUCAGCCAUACCAGAGCUGGCUCAAAAAAUCAAAAUGUUUUUUGCCCUGGCUCCUGUGACUAUUGUUAAGCAUGCACCAAUCUUCCAAAUGUUUUCCUCACUUCCUGAAUUCUUAUCCAAGAGCAUGCUUGUCAGAGGAGAGUUUGCACUGUGUCGCAAGCCUGUGAGAGACUUCAUCACCAAAUUAUGCAGCUCUACGUUGAUGCAGAAAUUCUGUGCACACGUCAUAUUCUUUGCAGGUGGAUUCAAUGCAACAAAUCUAAAUAUGAGCAGAGUGGAUGUGUAUGCAGCUCGCUAUCUAGAUGGAACUUCAGCUAAAAACAUUCUACACUGGAAACAGGUGAGGCUGUCAAUGUGCUGAACCAGUGCCUGGCUGCCACAAUGGACUGGAUGAGGGCUAAUAAACUGAGGGUCAAUCCAGACAAGACUGAGAUGCUGCUAGUGGGAGGUUCUUCUGACCGGAUGGUGGAUGUCCAACCCAUCCUGGAUGGGGUUGCACUCCCCCUGAAGGAGCAAGUUUGUAGCUUGGGGGUUCUCCUAGAACCAUCUCUCUCACUUGAGGCUCAGGUAGCCUCAGAGGCACGGAGUGCCUUUUACCAACUUCGGUUCUGGCCCAGCUACGCCCCUAUCUGGACAGGGAUAACCUGGCUUCAGUUGUCCAUGCUCUGGUAACCUCCAAGCUAGGUUAUUGCAAUGCGCUCUACAUGGGGCUGCCUUUGAAGACAGUUCAGAAACUGCAGCUUGUGCAAAAUGCAGUGGCCAGAUUGGUAACAGGGACCAGAUGGUUCGAACAUAUAAAACCAAUUCUGGCCUGCUUGCAUUGGCUGCCUGUAUGUUUCCGAGCUUGAUUGAAGGUGCUGGUUUUAACCUAUCAAGCCUUACAUGGCUUAGGACCACAAUAUCUGAUGGACCGACUCUCCUGACAUGAACCCACGUGUACACUAUGCUCAACAUCUAAGGCCCUCCUCCGGGUGCCUCCUCUGAGGGAAGCUGGGAGUCCAGGAACAAGGGAGAGGGCCUUCUCAAUGGUGGCCCCCAAAUUAUGGAAUGAUGUUUUUGAUGAGGUGCACCUGGCACCAAUAAUGUUAUCUUUUCGGCGCCAGGUCAAGACUUUCCUCUUCUCCCAGGCAUUUUAGCAUGUGUUUUUAAAUUGUUUUUAAUUUUUUUAAAAUUGUGUUUGUAAAUUGUUUUUUGUGUUUUAAAAUUUGUAUAUUUGUAUUUAUUGUUUUAAUUGCUGUAAACAACCCAGAGAGCUUCGGCUAUGGGGCAGUAUAUAAAUGUAAUAAUAAUAAUAAUAAUAAUAAUAAUAAUACAAUUUCAGAAGGGAUUCUUCAAGUGAAAUGCAUUUUACUCCUAGGAGUAUUUACUACUAGAGAUAUGAAUUGCAAAACGACCAGGGAACACUCAUUAUUAGGAAAGUGAGGAUUUUACAGAAAAGAAUGAGUUGGAUCCAGAGAAGGACUAGCAAGACAAAGCUUUCCUGGCUCCUCUCCACACAAGAGCUCUCUGCAUCCCCCCAAUGCAACUCCUGAGGUCCAAGAGAUGGGUUUUGGGGCUUCAGCAGAAUGGGGAAAUUUUGGGGGAAAUCAACAGGUCUGUCUUGUUGAAGCGCCUUUCUGCUUGUCGAAGACACCUUUGAAUCCAAGCUGGUGUCUGUAAUAUAAAAGUCUCAACUGAGUGGUCUUAUAGAGCCAGGACAGGGAGCCUGGUGCCCUCCAGGUGUUGCUGGACUCCUGCUUCCAUCAGCCCCUGCCAGCACAGCCAAUGGUCAGUGGUGACGGGUGCUGUAAUCCAGCAACAUCUGGAGGAACACAGGUUCUCCACCCAUAUUAUAAAGAGUGUAUAUGGUGAAUUUUAAUUCAAAUAAUUGUCUUAUUGUACUGUGUGAUUGACAGAAACUGCAGCCCUCCUGCUCUAGAGUUCUACGUGCAUUCUAAUGUGCUUAUAGAACCCUAGGAUGAGCAGAUUUCUCCACUUACUCCUUUAGUUCCCACCCCCAGAAGGAACCACUGGAUCACAGUGACAUUAAGCUAGUGUUUCCCAAUGUGAAUAUCACUACUGAUGUCUGGAAAAUUCGCCUCUGAAGUUAUCUUUAGUUAAAUUAACGGCAGUAAACAAACAUGAAAAAUCACAUUCAAUCGCAGUAGGCACAAAUUACAUAAUUUUGUGGGUGUUGAGCCUUCCUGUUUUUUUUUUUUUGCAGGUCUUGUUUUUAUGAUAGCCACAAUUCCCCCCCCCCAUGCCCUUUGAAGUGUGACAUUCUGGGAAAUUUGAUAGGGCAGCCACUAACUGAACAAACUUUGCAGGAUUGCACUGGGCAUGCCCAAGUCUCUGGAAUGGCUACAGUAAUUCUUUGAAUCCUGUUAUCCUUUUUACAGCAGUGGACCUCGUAGUGGGAUUGCACUCCCCUGACCUCCCUCCAGCUGAGUUGCUGCUGCAUACCAGGACAGAGGGGGGGAGGCAGCGGCAUGGUCGGCACCUUGCAAAUGCAUCUGUGAAGCCAAUCUGGUGCUCUUGCCAGUGUAUUUGCACCAUGCUGCCAUUGCUGCUGCCUCCUCCUCCCCCUCUCCAUCCUGCUAUGCAGCAGCGAGGGAGGUCAGGUGAGCAGCAUAGCCUGGCCCUGUUGCCCACCACUAGCUUUUCAAUAAGUUAGGUAUGUUUUUACCCAUGUACGUUCAUUCUGUGGUAUGCACUCAUGUAUGCUCUUCCUUUGUAAGAGGCCAUUAAUGCCUCCUGUCAAACUUUUAAACAUAAACUUUUUACCUUUUCUUUUGUAAACUACCUUUACAUUUCUACACUAUUGUCUAUUUAGCUUUCUCAAAGUACACCAGUCAUUAAUUCUCUGCAUGUAAUAUGGAUCAAUUGUCAAUGGUUUGAGUGAAUGGUAAGCUUAGAAAAGAAUGUCCUGCUAUCUGGAAAGAAGGAGCAGGCAAUGCUAGUUUCAUCACAAAGCUUGAUUCACAAAACAGAACUGGCCAAAGAUGCAGUUCAAAGUGUGAGAUGCCUGAUCUCCUUGGAACUACAAAGAACAGUGCCUGGCCAGCCAGGUCUUUGUAAGUGUGACUUCACUCCGAAGCAGCAUCCCAAGAUCUCCUGGUCACCAGUGUUACAGGACCAUAUGCUGACAGUCUAUGGUCAAGGUAACAGAAUGUGAAAGCAAGUCUGAGCAAUUGAUCCCCAGAUAGCCAGGGAAAAAAACCAGAGCCUGGGCAGAAGAUAGCCUGGGAGAUAUCUCUGCAUUCACCUGGAACAUCAUAGCUUUUAAAAAAUAUUUUCAGUUUGCAUUAAAUUGAACUUGGUGUGAUAAUACCAGUAGUAAAGAGGUUUUCACAAUGCUCAGUAAAAUAU